UUCUUCACACCUCAGUAAUUUUAACUGAUCAAGAAAAUCUGGAAGAUGAAUUUGGUGAACUAUAUAAUAGUGACAGAGAAGGUGAGUUGGAUGUUAAUGAUAGAAAAGAAAGUAAAGAUGAUGGUUGGAAUAAAUAUGAUGAAUUAAAUAUUAGUGAUUUAGAGUGGGGGGAUGAGGAAGAUAGUGGAUGGGAUGAUGCUGAGAAUAUUGAAACUGAAUUUAAAGAACUCAACUUAAUAUAG